GUGCUCGGUUUUAUUAUUUUUGCGCAUGAUUUUUUCAAAACGAUGUUGUCUUCUGCACAUGUAAAAUCUUUUCUUUAGAUUUUUAAAGAUACUUGUAAAUGAAUUUAAAACUUCAAAAAUAAUCCCUUACACCAGUUUUACUACGAAGUAAAGGUGUGAGAAUGGCAACGGCACAACCGCCGUCGCCCGCGUGAAGUUGUAAGACUCUAGUGCAGUGAACUUAAGGGACCGCCGCCUCAGCGCCAUCCGACCACGAUGAAAAUGGUGUUGUCACAACGGCAACGAGAGGAGCUGAACAAAGCGAUCGCCGACUAUCUAGGCAGCAAUGGCUACACGGACGCGCUGGAAGCGUUCAAGAAGGAAGCCGACAUGUCCGGCGAGAUGGACCGCAAGUUCGGCGGCCUCCUCGAGAAGAAGUGGACUUCAGUUAUAAGGCUUCAAAAGAAAGUGAUGGAACUAGAGUCCAAACUGUCAGAGGCACAGAAGGAGUUCAUUGAAGGAGCGCCGACUCGCGGCAAGCGCACGCCGGCCGAGUGGAUCCCGCGUCCGCCGGAGAAGUUCUGUCUCACUGGACAUAGGGCCACCAUUACCAAGGUAAUAUUCCACCCCGUGUUCAGUUUGAUGGUCUCCUCAAGUGAGGACGCAACCAUCAAAGUGUGGGAGUUUGAGAGCGGCGAGUACGAACGAACCCUGAAGGGUCACACCGACUCCGUUCAGGACAUCGCCUUCGACCACCACGGAAAACUACUGGUGUCAUGCAGCGCUGACAUGUCGAUCAAGCUGUGGGACUUCAACCAGACGUUUGAGUGUGUGAAGACCAUGCACGGGCACGACCACAACGUGUCGUCCGUCGCAUUCUCGCCGAGCGGCGACAUCGUCUACUCGGCCAGCCGUGAUAAAACUAUCAAGGCUUGGGAAGUGGCUACCGGAUACUGCAUCAAGACGUACAAGGGACACCGCGAGUGGGUGCGCAUGGUGCGCGUGUCGCCGGACGGCGCGCUGCUCGCGUCCUGCUCCAACGACCAGACCGUGCGCAUAUGGAAUGCCGACACCAACGAGUGCAAAAUGGAAUUACGAGAACACGAGCACGUGGUGGAGUGCGUGGCGUGGGCCCCGGAGGCGGCGGCGGCGGCCAUCAACGAGGCGGCCGGCGGGGACAACCGGCGCGCCAACCACGCCGGGCCUUUCCUCGCUAGCGGCUCGCGCGAUAAGUCUGUCAAGAUCUGGGACGUGAGCACAGGCCAGUGCCUGGCGACGCUGGUGGGGCACGACAACUGGGUGCGCGGCGCGGCGUGGCACCCGGGCGGCCGCUACCUGCUCACCGCCUCCGACGACAAGACGCUGCGCGUGUGGGACGUGGCGCACACGCGCUGCCUCAAGACGCUCUACGCGCACCAGCACUUCGCCACCAGCCUCGAUUUCCACAGGAGCUUGCCAUACGUGAUAUCAGGCAGCGUUGAUCAAACCGUUAAAGUUUGGGAGUGUCGCUAAAAGCGUUGCCAUUUUAGUAACUUAAAACUCACCGAUGAUAUCCUUUAUCAUUAUUUUUUCACAUUGAUAGCUACAAUGAGCUGCAGACUUAAUCAUUUAAAGUUAGAUUGGAGACAGGAAUACAAUUAUUUAUAAUAAUAAUAAUUCCUCCUUCUACUCAUUGUGGUUUACUUUCGUACACUUGACGAUGCUAUGUCUUUAUAAAAUGUCCGAAAAAUCUGAUCCUUCUACAACACGCAACUACUUGAGAUACUACGAUUUAGAUUGUCACAUUCCAUUAUAAUAAAAUGGCUCUAAGAAUAUGAUUUGUUUGUAUAUUGUUAUAAUUAUAGUAAGAGUUUUGAAAUCUAAUUUCUGUAAAGAAAUAUUGUGAUGUAGCAUUCGUCAUGUACCCGAUCGGAACGAAGAAGUGAGGCGUCAAUGCUGUGUUAUAAUUUAAUUUUUCACUCUUGUUUUAUUUUGUAGUUAUUGUUUAUUCAUAAGCGCGUUUAGAUGUAAUUUUAUUUAGUAUAAAUAGUAAAUGUUUUCAUACGUGUUCGAUCGAGGAAUAUUUGUACCAUGAUUUGUUUAAUUGAUAAUUUAGUUUUAUUCAAUUUGAUACUGAUGGUUAUUCAUGACAACAUUUCCGCGGCCAUCGCGCGGGUUGCUCGCCAACAGCGCGGAUCGGCUCGCGCAGCGCUUACGGAUAUCAUAACGUCACUUUCAUUCAUAGACUUAUUUUAAGUUUUGGAGUUUCAAAACUUUAACUAUAAGUUAGAGUGUUGUAUUUUAAAAGUUUUUAAUUAUUAUUUAUUUCAUCUUGUAUUCAUUAUCAGAUUAGAUCGUUUACGGAGCGUAGAGCAUUGAAUUGCUAGAUUAGUGAUUAUUAUGCAAACUACAUUUUACGUAAUCACAUGAUGAUUCUAAUAUGUUGUAUUCGUCGAAUGAGAAUUCACCUAAAUUAAAGUGUGUGAUAUACAAUAUUAAUAUUUUAAUUUUCUAUCUUGUUUGAGGUAGCUAGAUUUGAAGUAAUACUAAUAAAUGAAGCCUAUUAUGUCCAGUAGUUAUUAUUUAUUAUGGUAUUUUGAAGAUUUAGGUUGCCCUGGUAUUGUACUAGAACUUAGUGGUAGGUGUAGGGUGGUCAAACUAGAAGCUUUGCCGUGUUAGAGUUACAUUACCGUGUACAUUGCGUAUAACAGCUAUCGAGCUAACGCUUCUCGCAUGUCAUGUCUAGUAAAUAUUAAUAAAUGGGUAUUAGCACUGCUUAUUUUUAUUAUAAAACGACUGCUGAAUGGAUGAGACUCGUUAUAUUUACGCGGCAUGGCACUCAAUUAUAAGAUAAUAUCAUCCCGUUACAUUCGCUUAAUCAAUGUAAAUUCGUAAAUACACGAUUAUCAAAGAGAUUAUAGUAGAAAGAUGUCGGAAUAGAGCGUAGUGGCUACCUCUUUCUGCCACCUUGGAACACCAACUCUGGAAGUAGUCACGGAUAUAGUGCAAUAUUGUUUGUAGCGUGAUUUUCUGGUGUUCCUUGUGAGACACAGAAAAAGCUUUUUCUCUAACAUCUCUAUAGUUUAAUCUCUUUGACGUUCGACAAACGCAUAGAACAUAAAGCUUGCAAUUUAUAUUGUAUGAUUACGUAAGUAAGAACAUUUGUAUUACAAUUAACGAGUAAUGUAGGUAAAGCCACUCAAUAAUAUGUUAUGCUUACAAUAAUAAGGGUUUUUAAAAUAUCUAUA